AUGAUGGUUGCAAAGUUUUUUUGUAUACUCAUUUCAGCUUUUAAAGUAAAGGGCUACUGCUCCACCGGAAAAUGUGAAAAGAUCUCUUUUAAUGAGCAAAAAGACGCCGAUCAUGACAAAGAGCUUGUCGGCCAUGUCUUCCACAAGUCUGUCACUUCAAACCCACAGCAGUGCUAUCUGUGGUGUAUUCACGACUGUCGGUGUCUGUCGAUAAACUACAAGGUCAAGAACGACACCAAAUACUGCGAGUUAAACGAAGGCAGCCAUUUUACAAACAAUAUGUCUUUGAUAAACGAUCCAGGAUCCAUUUAUUACAAACUUGGAAGGGAGGAAUUUAAUAAGGUAUUAAACUUUAUUAUGUCAUAUCAUAUUUUUACUAUGAAUGAUUCCGGAUCUUCAUCUUAAGAUAUUAGGCAUUCGUUGUUUUUAAAACCGAUAAGGUUCUGCCUAACGAUGAAUUAUAAAAAUAAGUCUGCACUGCGUACGUGUCUAAAGUGCAUAAUGGAAUAAAUGUAUUAUUAGAUAAUUACAUGCUUAGAGCUGUGCUCUCCUUUAGGUCUAUUUGCAAAGUAUGUUGAAUAGAUAAUGGCUGAGUAGGUGUACCAAAGUGUGAUAGUUUUCGAGGAAGUUGUUUGAUAAUCUAUUUAACGAUAAGAUUAGGAGUUGAUCCACGGAAGAGUUUCUCAACUAAUCAAAAGCAAUACUAAAACAAUUUGUGACUACCUAUCCUUGUGGAUACUGAAGUCUUCCCUAAAAGUGUUUUAAAACAGUGAACAUCGAUUGUUUCGAGCUCGAGUUAACAGCUGCAAAAGAUGUUGAGAGAUAAAUAUUAUUGUGCAAAACUAAAACUUUCCAGUCCCUGUUUCAAGGUCCUCUUUUAUUCGGGUCUGGAAAUUAAACACAUUCUUUUUUUCUUUUUAUUUUUAUGAAGAGAUACGAAUCUUUCGAAUGAUGAAAUACAAAAAUAGAACCAGACAACUGACGAAGAAAUAUUCAAAUAAAAAACUUUUCCUGCAGGUGCAAGAGCUUCUCUCAAGAGAGGAUAACUUAAAUGGGUCUAAAAUAAAAUUGAAUUUAUUCCGUAGAGAAAAUAUGUUUUAAAAAAAUUGUUACAAGAAUGGAAAAAUCGUUGUCCGAUUCAUUGGUAAAACAUGAAAUAGUUUUUACCAAACUAGAUUGACCUGAGUAAAGUAGAGACAUAAGAAAAUCAAAGACUAGGUGAUCUCGCUUGUUUAAAUAGCAAAUAUUUGACAUUGGAUGAUCUCGCUUGUUCAAAUAUUGAAAAAGGGGUAAUUUCAAAGGACCACUAUGGCACGAUCGGUAUAAAAAAAAUUUCCUAUCAGAGCAAGGCAUUGGAGAUUUCGGGGGCAACCGUGAUUGCUUGCAAACUUGAUAGAAAGAAAAAGCUUGGUCAAUGCACAAACACAAAGUAG